GGAAGGGGCGGGCGCUGCCCCUCGGAGAGGGGGAGUGGCACCGGGGCGGGGGCUCCGCGUCCGGACACCGUCCGCCGGUGGCGGCGGGGAAACGAGCGGCGCCUCGGGCUUGCGCCGCGUCGGUGCCGCAGCGCCGUUAGGACGCGGGGCCGCGGGGUCUCUCCGGAGGUGGGCGGCGGUGCCCUGCUCGCUGCCGCGGCGCCAUGGAGCUGGCGGCGGCCCUGCAGCUCGGGGAGCUGGCGGCCGCCUUCGCCUCGCUGCCCGUCUUCCCGCUGUUCGACACGGCUUACUUCAUCGUCUCCGUCCUCUACCUCAAAUACGAGCCAGGAGCUGUGGAGAUGUCUCGCAAGAGCCCUUUUGCCUCCUGGCUUUGUGCUAUGCUCCACUGCUUUGGAAGUUACAUACUUGCUGAUCUGUUACUUGGACAAUCACCUAUUGAUUACUUCAGUAAUAACUCCAGUGUCAUCCUGGCCACAGCAGUCUGGUAUUUGAUAUUCUUCUGUCCCAUGAACCUCUUCUACAAGUGUGUCAGCUUUCUGCCAGUGAAGCUCAUCUUUGUGGCAAUGAAGGAGGUGGUGAGAGUUCGCAAGAUUGCGGCUGGGGUCCACCACGCUCACCAUCACUACCACCAUGGCUGGUUCAUUAUGAUGGCUGUUGGAUGGGUCAAAGGUUCUGGUGUUGCUUUGAUGUCUAACGUUGAGCAACUGCUCCGUGGGGUCUGGAAGCCAGAAACAAAUGAAAUUCUUCGUAUGUCCUUCCCUACAAAGGCUAGUCUGUAUGGCACAGUCCUCUUCACUCUGCAACAGACUCACUGGCUCCCUAUUUCUGAAGCCAACCUCAUCUUCUUUUUCACCAUGUUCAUGAUAGUUUGCAAGGUUUUCAUGACGGCAACUCACUCUCACGCCUCACCUUUUGCUCCGGUGGAAAGCUUCAUCUGCCCAGUUUUCUUUGGCUCCGUUUCCAGUGGACACACCAGUCACCAUCACGAUCAUCACGGGGCCUCCCAUGAGGUUUCCCAUCCGCCGCCUCCUGCCAAGUCAAAAGAAGAGCUAAAUGAAGGCACAAGGAAACGGAAAGCAAAAAAAGCUGAAUAAAAAAGCAACCACCCAGUAAAUAGGCCAGGAAAAUUCUUCCAGAACUGAGUCUCAAAGCCACCUGUGACCUCCUUUAUCCUCCAGUCCUUCUCAGACUCCAGGAGAGGUGGAGGCCAGGACACUGCCAGGCGGGUCCCUGAAUUUCAUUUGUGCUCUCUGUGCUGCUGCUGGUCUCUCUAUUCUGGUCACAUUUUCAGGGAUUUGUAGGUUUGGGCCAGGAUGAUAAGUGGGUGCCAGUUCUCAAGCUGUCAGCAGUUAUGAUGCAGCUCGUUCAGCUGCUGUAAAAUCUUUCACUGGGUUUAUUUAUGAAUGGAGGUGAUGGUUUGUGCUCCUGCAACUCCCAAGUCCCUUUGAGUUUUCAUUGACCUUUUUGAUGUCUACCAAAAGAACAAACUGUUUAGAUGCAAUCAAUGUGGAAAUUGGAUUUCAUACUCAAUGAAAUUAAAUGGUCUCACAUGAGCCUGAUCUAAUUUUCCCUAGCUCCCACAUCUGCCAUAUCUCCAAUUAAUAUGACAUUUCAUAUGCAGUAAGGACACUGACUCUGGUGUCCUGGCCAAACUCUGUUUCUCUCACUCAAUGUCCCUCUGAUAAUGGGUAGAAUAUUGUCACUUUCUUACCUAAGUCUGUGUUUGGAAGAGCUUUGAAGCUGUGAAAUGCUCCGAGUGCUACGUACUGGUACUGUUAGUAUUCUAAACUGUUCUGUAGCAUUGCUGCACGUUGCUAAGCGGGUCCCACCUCAAACCUGAUCAUACUGAACUAAGGAAGAAGCAUGGUUCUGGUUUGUGUGUAACCCUGUGGGAUACAAGAAGGGUGUGUGAGUGUAAAUAAGUAUUUAUUACUAUUUAUUUAUAAUUGCCAGGGCACCUAAUUCAUGGACCUGAAUGUGGCUUUUUUUAAAAUGUUGCAUCUUUCUAUGGAGAAUUGAGUAUUUCUAAGCCCACAGCUAUGUACUGGUUUGUGCUUGAAGUAGUGAUUUUGAUGUGCUCUUCACCCUUUAUAUCUUCUUAAGUUAAGAUAUAAAGGCUGAAGAAGUGGAUUCCACACCAGCUGACUGAAACUACUUUAAAGGACUGAUAGCUGGAGAUACAGAUUAUCCCUUGUAGGUCCCUUUUGGCCAAACUACUGGUCUGUGAAAACAGCUUGUGCCCAAUGAGGGAAGAACAUGAAAUGCCUUGCAUGGCUCAGGGAGGAGCCUGUCAGUUCUGCUGAAUGAGUACUGGCUUUUAGACUAGUUUUAAGCUGUUCUUAUCACUCAUUUUGUUCUUAGAAGUGUCAUCAUCCAAGGGUUGGGAUCACUGCAGUGAGAAUGGCACGUGUGGGGACAGGGCAGUGGGCUUUGUUAGGCAGCGUGUUGCCAACCCUAGCAAUAAGCUUUGCUGCUGUCAUUUUGCAACUGGGAGUAGAACUAGGAUUGAAGGGAUUGAAGAAAAGCAGGUUUUGGGUUUUUUGUGUCCCUGUUCAAAAUGGAAAUUGAUGGUUAAUUAAAAAAUUGAAUACAAAUAAAUACUGUAUCCAACCAGCUGAAAGGCAGGACAAAGGUGAAAUGAUUUGUGGGGCUGGGUUUUGACAGUGCCUUAAUUUUGUGAGUUUCCCUCCCCCUGUAGAAAACAGGAAUUCCACCUGACAACUCAAACUGUCUGGUUCUGCAGAUACUGGUCUAUUGAAACCUGAUGUAUCACUGGCAUGCAGAAGACUAUAAAUGUUUUAUGAGAUGUCUGAUUAAGAGGAAUUUUGUUUUAUAAAAGCUGCCAACUAAUAAAAAUUGUGAAGUGACUGAUCGUCCACUGGCGCUUGAGGAAACGUGUUUCUUUUACUCUCACCAGUUUCAGAAGCUACACGCUCCUUGAUCUCUUGAAAGUCUCCUUGACCUGAUGACAAAAGGAUUCUAACUGAAGAGAAACUCAAACACACCCGAGCAUGUUAUAAAUGGAAAGAACAUGGCAAAAGGCCCACUGCUUUCGUUGUAUUUGUAGCGAUGUCAUCCAAAGGGACUGUCUGAGACUUCAGGGAAGGAAAUAAGGAAAGUAACUUCCUUUGGUGUUUAUAGCGGUCUAUUUAGUCACUGUAAGAGGAAGGAGGACAUUCACCCGUGACAGGUAAAUACACAAGAACAGAUAGGAGAAGUAUUCCAAGGACGUUAACAUUAAAGCUCUGUAAAGCUUCAAAGUACCUUAUCUGCAAUGGGAUUAGUCUUGAGAAGACAAGUGCCAUCAAGAAGUCACAGGUUUUGUUUAGUGGAGCCUUUCCUAGUGAGAGAUAUGGAACCUUUCUUGAAGUUCCACGGCUCAGCGUUUGUAGUCUUUGGUACAAUCCCAGACAGGCAUCCUACAUCCCAAAAGCAACGAUGGAUCUUGCAAAAAGGAGCGUAUUUUAACCAUUGCUGUGUGGACACCGGGUUCUGCAGGGCUACUUUACCUGUACAUACACUUCUUCCUUAAGACUCUGCUCCAACCAGAAUGAAAUGGUAGCUGGACAUUUCCUAAAGGGAUGGAGUAACUCACUUCCAUGGCACAGAGAUGAGAGUGAGGAGGCAAACAUGACACAGUCUAUCUACCUGGCUCACUAAACAAGGAUCUGUAAAGGGCUAUUUAUUUUCUGAAGGGUUUCACUUGUCUCCUCCCAGAUCUAACUCUUUUCAAAUGUUUAAUACUCCUUAAUUUAUCAGAACAGUUGAGAACAGAAGUUGCAUUGGAGUGUGGGAUUUAUAGUCUUUGUAUGACCCAACCAACGGAAAAGUUCAGUGGAAGCCUUAUACAUAUUUAAAAUAAAUCCAGA